AUGGCCCCCGAACCCGACACGCUCAGCCACGUCGCACGAGACCUGCUGUCCCGGAUCAACCUCGACCUGCUCGAGUGCGUCCCCCUCCAGAAACUCUGGGCAGGCUACGGCUACGUCUGCGCCGUCAAAGCUCGCAGCAGCAACAGCAGCACCGUGACCAGCCUCCGCGGCGGCCAUGACGGCCAUGACGGCCAUGACGGCCAUGACGGCCAUGACGGCCAUGAAUCCCUCAUUCUCAAAAUCAUAACCCCCCCGCCCGGCCGCCGCGACGAGGGACACCUCCGAAAAGUCCUCAGCUACCACGUCGAGCAAUACUUUUACCAGACGGUCGCCCCCACGCUCGGGGGGCUCCCGCUGCCCGCCUGCGUGGCCGCGACUUGCCAGACGGACCCGGCGGGCCAUGCCGCCAUGAUGGCCAUGCUGCUCACGGACCUGCGCCCGCGGUACCCCGUCGCGGCGGGAGGCAAGAGAGCCGUUUUGGCCCCGCGCCAGGUCCGCUCCGCCCUGCGCUGGCUCGCCCGCUUCCACAGCAGCUACUGGGCGCCGGACAAGCCGAAGCUCGACCUGGUCCUGCCCCCGCUGGAAGAGUACGCAAAGGCGGCCCCGAGCACCAGCGGUUUGUGGCUCAACGGCGGGUACGCGUAUCUCGCUACUCGGCGGGCAGAGUACGCCGCCCUCGCGCGGGACGCUGCCUCGGAGUGGUCCCCCUGCCUGUGCGAGCCCGUGGUCGGCGCGGCCUCCGUCGCGGAGCUGGCGGCGCGGGUCCUGGCCCCCACGGGGCGGCGGUCCGUCGAGACCUACCUCCACGGGGACGUCAAGUCGGAAAACCUCUUCUCCAACGAGACGGGCGACCAAGUCGCCUUUUGCGACUUUCAGUACGUGGGCCUCGGGCUGGGCGUGUGCGACCUGGCCAAGCUGCUUACCUGCUCCGUCCCGGCCGACAUGCUCCACGGCGACGACCUACCCCGUCGGUUGGCCAUGACGGAGGGGGAGAGGAGUCUGCUGCUCGAGUACCGCGACGAGCUGCUCGCGGGGGCCGCGGCACCGGUCUACGGGUGGGCCGACUUCCAGAGACACUGGGAGACGGCCCUGGUGGACUGGUGCAGGUUCCAGGCCUCGUGGGGCUUCUGGGGAAACACGGAGUGGCUGGCGGCCCGAGCGCGGUACGUUUUGCGCGACGAGGGUUGGAUAGAAUGGCUGAAGCGGCAAAACGCCGAUUACAUAGAAGCACGGGAAACAGAAGAGACGGGCAAUUAG